AUGUCCCAUGACGAAGUCGAACAGUCUGAGAAGCCGGAGCCGAGCAGCGACGGCCGGCCCGAAACCCCGGACUUGGCACCGACAACUUCCAAUGCGGAGAAGAGUGGCAGUAUUGUGCCGGCCGUGGACGUGAACGAUGCUAGUCUAAGCCGCCAAGACACCGAGGCUGUUUACAACAGGUUCGCGCCAGCCAAGAAGAGGCUCGUAACAGCCGUUGUAGCAUGCGGCGGGAUUGCGUCGACGGUCUCUUCCUUGUUGCUUCUAGCUGCCAUCCCCGAAAUCGCUGCCGAUCUCAACACAACUGGAACUACCAUCAACGUCAGCAACGCCAUCUAUGUUCUAUUCAUGGGCAUAUGCACCCUCUUCUGGGGCCCUAUCAGUCAAGUUUACGGUCGAAAAUGGCCCUGCAUUGUCUCGGCAUGUACCUUCUUUGCCUUCAAUGUAGGAACGGCCUUGUCGCCAAACCUUGCAGCCUUCUUCGUCUUCCGUAUGUUUUCGGCGUUCACGGGAACAGCAUAUUUGGUGCUCGGCUCCAGUUGCAUCGGCGACAUCUACAAGCCCACGGAACGAGGCACCGCGCUUGCAUUUUUCCUCAAUGGCACUCUCAUCGGUCAGAGCUUUGGCCCAUUUAUCGGUGGCGUUAUGGUGAACUUCCAUAGCUGGAGAUCAUUGUUUUGGUUCCAGUCUGCUCUCGCCGGGCUCACGGCAAUCCUUGCGGUGGCAUUCCUCCCAGAAACCAGCCACCGACUGCGCUCAGACGAGUUAAAGGGAUUGAGCACCAAGGCAAAGGUAGCUCAGGUCUGGGACUGGGCAAACCCGUUCCGUGUACUGGCUCUCUUGCUGAUACCUAAACUCUUCGUGGCUGGAAUGGCUGCCUCGGCCUUAGUGUGGAACAUGCAAGCAUUGCUCACCCCUAUCCGAUACGUCAUUAACCCUAGGUUUCACUUGACGUCGCCUCUCGAAUCAGGGCUCUUCUUCCUCGCACCAGGGUGUGGCUUCUUCUUUGGCACGUAUGCCGGAGGACGCUGGGCCGACCGAACUGUCAAGCAAUGGAUCAAGAUCAGGGGUCGUAGAGUCCCCGAGGACCGUCUGAGGAGCUCAUUCGUGGCAAUGGGAGCUGUGAUCCCUAUCUGCAUCAUUAUUUACGGCUGGUCCAUUGAGAAGGCGGUCGGCGGGAUCCCACUUCCGGUGAUCUGCAUGUUUAUCCAGGGCUUCGCCCAGGUAAUCGCAUUUCCCAGCAUCAACACGUAUUGCUUGGAUGUGUUCAAAGGCCGGAGCGCCGAAGUCAUAGCGGGAAACUACUUCUUCCGAUACGCUAUCGCAGCUGUCGGUACUGCUUCAUGUUUGCCUGCAAUUCAAAGCAUUGGCGUCGGCUGGUUCAGUACAAUCACUGCCUUAUUUGUGUUCUUCGCCGCGGUUGCUGUAUACUGCGUCGUCAUAAUUGCCUCAAAGGAAGAUGCCAAAGUCAAUGAAGCGGUCUGA